UUAUCAUAACCUAAUUUUCUGUCUGCUGAGCGGUUUCGUGGUUUCGUGUUCGUCAUUUGAACGCAUUUCAUGCCAAAUAUGUGUUUUUGAGUCAAUUUUGGCUGUGCGUGUUCCAUUCGAAACUUGAAAAAAGUAGAGUCAUUCGUUUCUAGCGUUACAUCAUGAUUCGCGUGCCGCAAAUAGUGUUUAGUUAGCGAUUCCACGUGUUGAUAGGCUCAGUGAGAAAAAUGAUGAUUUAAUUGUUUUAAACCCGUCCAUUACGUGUCGAAAUCGUGAAAAUAUCGUUGUUUCUUUUGGACUUGUUUCUUUAACAUAAAAUGGCAGGGAAUUUAGACAGGAAAGGAACUUUUAAAGUAGAGUUCCUGCAGCAAAUUGAGAGCGAUGUCCAAAAAUGGUGGGAUGAAUUGAAAAUAUAUGAAGAAGAUGCGCCUUCAACUCCACGCAAAGAUGCUAAGGAAAAGUUCUUGGCUACAUUUCCAUUCCCAUACAUGAAUGGACGGCUUCAUCUGGGUCAUACGUUUUCACUGUCAAAAUGUGAGUUUGCUGUUCGCUACCAGCGGCUGAAAGGGAAAAAGGUGCUCUUUCCAUUCGGAUUCCAUUGCACUGGAAUGCCAAUUAAAGCAUGUGCGGAUAAAUUGAAGAGAGAGAUGGAGUCUUUUGGAUUUCCGCCAGAGUUUCCAGCACCUGAAGACACGGGGCCUCCCGCUGAAACCAACGAAGAUGCUUUCAUGAAAGAUAAAAGCAAAGGAAAGAAGAGUAAAGCAGUAGCAAAGGCUGGCACUGCUAAGUACCAAUGGGAAAUCAUGAAAAGUUUGGGACUUCCCGAUGAGGAAAUCAAAAAGUUUGCAGAUGCCUCAUAUUGGCUGGAACAUUUUCCACCACUGGCUGUGAAAGACUUACGAAGUAUUGGAAUUCAUGUUGAUUGGCGUAGGACUUUCAUAACGACUGACGCAAAUCCAUUCUUUGAUAGUUUUGUGCGAUGGCAGUUCUUCAGACUGCGUGAUAAGCACAAAGUGAAAUAUGGAAAACGUUACACCGUAUUCUCGCCAAGAGAUAACCAGCCAUGCAUGGACCAUGAUCGAGCAAGUGGUGAAGGUGUUGGUCCGCAAGAAUACACUCUGGUGAAGAUGAAAGUACUAGAACCCUAUCCACCGAAGCUAAGUUCCUACAAAGGGACUCCAGUGUUUUUAGUUGCAGCUACUCUGCGACCAGAGACCAUGUAUGGGCAAACAAAUUGUUGGGUCCGACCUGACAUGAAAUAUAUAGCCUUCAAAAAUAUAUCUAACGAAAUAUUCAUCUGUACUCAAAGGUCAGCUAGGAAUAUGUCAUACCAGGGCUUCACACAGUUUGAAGGAAAAUUAGAUGUGGAAUUAAACCUAGUUGGAAAUGACAUCAUGGGUAUCAAACUAGAAGCUCCUCUUACAUCUAAUAAAGUGGUCUAUACUCUACCGAUGCUAACAAUUAAAGAAGAAAAAGGUACGGGUAUUGUAACCAGUGUUCCUUCUGAUUCGCCAGAUGACUAUGCUGCGCUCUUAGAUCUCAAGAAAAAACAGCCUCUACGAGAGAAAUAUAACAUUCUAGAUGAAAUGGUUUUACCUUUUGAACCGAUUCCUAUAAUUGAAAUUCCUGAAUUAGGUAAAUUAAGUGCCGUUCAUCUUUAUGAAAAACUAAAAAUUCAAAGCCAAAAUGAUAAAGACAAACUCCAAGAAGCCAAGGAGCUUGUAUACCUGAAAGGUUUUUAUGAUGGCGUUAUGUUAGUCGGAGACUUUGCUGGCAAGAAGGUCCAUGAAGUUAAGAAAUCUGCGCAAAAGUUGCUGAUUGAUCAAGGGCAAGCUGUAUUAUACUAUGAACCAGAAAAAUUAAUCAUGUCCAGAUCUGGAGACGAGUGUGUAGUAGCCCUCUGCGAUCAAUGGUAUCUUGAUUAUGGGGAGGAGAGCUGGAAAGCUGCUGCUGAGAAAGCGCUUCAAAGCAUGAAUCUGUAUCAUGAGGAAGUCAGGCGGAAUUUCACAGCCUCACUCAAUUGGCUUCACGAAUAUGCAUGCUCUAGGACUUACGGUCUAGGUACCAAGCUGCCAUGGGACGAACAAUGGCUUAUUGAGUCUCUGUCUGACUCGACCAUUUACAUGGCUUACUAUACUGUGUCGCAUCUUCUACAAGGUGGCACAUUUAAAGGAGAAAAUGGAAAUGUUCUGAAGAUCAGACCAGAGCAAAUGACACCUGAGGUAUGGGAUUACAUUUUCUUCAAAAAUGCACCUUUUCCGAAGAAGACGGAAAUUUCUAAAGAAUCCCUCGACAAGAUGAAGCUGGAAUUCAAUUAUUGGUACCCCGUUGACCUUCGUUGCUCGGGCAAAGACCUCAUCCAAAACCAUCUCACAUUCUUCAUUUACAUCCAUUGUGCUAUUUGGGACCAAGAUCCAUCCAUGUGGCCCCAAGGCAUCCGUGCCAAUGGCCACCUUCUUCUCAAUUCAGCGAAAAUGUCAAAAUCGGAAGGUAACUUCUUGACCCUAUGUGACGCUGUUCAGAAAUUUAGCGCUGAUGGAAUGAGAUUAUGUUUAGCAGACUCCGGUGAUUCGGUUGAAGAUGCCAAUUUUGUUGAGAGCACAGCUGAUGCUGGCAUCCUCAGGCUUUACACAUUCAUAGAAUGGGUCAAAUCUGUGCUGUCAGCAAAAGAUACAUUCAGGAAUGGACCUCCUGAGAAGUACCGAUGGACAGACAAAGUUUUUAUCAGUGAAAUGAACCUGAAAAUAAAAGAAACAGACGAAAACUUUGAAAAAAUGCUUUUCAAAGAAGCCUUAAGAACAGGUUUCUUUGAAAUGCAGGCCAUUCGAGAUAAGUAUCGAGAAUUGACGGCAAAUGAAGACGGUAUGCAUUAUCAGCUGGUGCUUCGCUUUAUCGAAGUACAGACUGUUUUACUUGCACCCAUUUGUCCACAUGUAUCGGAACAUGUGUAUCAGCUACUGGGAAAGAAAUCAAGUGUAGUUGCUGCUACCUGGCCUGAAGCUGGCCCAGUGGAUAAUGAACUAGUCUUGUCAGUAGAAUAUCUUAUGGAAGCAGCGCAUGCCUUCCGUCUGCAACAGAAAAAUCAGAUUCAAAAUCUCUUGAAAAAACAAAAAAAUAAGACGCCCAAUGCUGUAGUGAAGCCAAGCUCUGCAACAAUAUGGGUAGCCAAAACGUUCCCACCGUGGCAACACAUUAUCUUGACAACAAUGAAAGAAAUGUAUCAGAAUAAUAGUCAGACUCUUCCUGAAAACAAGGCAUUAUCCACUAUUCUAUCCAGCAAACCAGAGCUGAAAAAGUACAUGAAAAGAGUGAUGCCUUUUGUUCAAGACACAAGGAAAAAAGUUGAAGCAGUUGGAAUCACUGCUCUAAACUUGACACUAGAUUUUGACGAGCUGAAUGUCCUCCUACUGAAUCAGGUCUACCUGAGGAAUACGUUAGACCUUGAAUCCCUUGAAAUCAAGUAUUCUGAUGUUGAGGAUGCUCCUGAGGCUGUGCGUGAAGACUGUUGUCCUGGUCACCCUUACAUCGCGUUCCAAUUCUAAAGUGAAUAACUGAUUAGCUAUCUCUUUCAGUGACAAACACAGUGCAUGGGAGCCUUUUUACUGACAAAAACGGGACAGUAGUGUCAGCGAUUGCUGAAGAGAGUAUGGAUGGCCUAUCAAUCACUUCUGUCAAAAUCUUUCUCAAGUACUAAACCCUUCAUAAAAAAAAAAUGUUUUUUUUAAAGUAAAAUCAACCGUACAUUAUCCAGUUCAAAAUAUUCACCGCAGAAGGAUAGCAAAUAGAAUUACAACCGUGUCAUUUCUUACCAUUCAGAGAGAAUUUUCAUGCUGCUUUCCUUUUCAAGCUUUCAAAAUUUAAUCAAACAUUGUCCGUAAGCAUUCCUUGCACAGAUACUAUUUCCGUAAAAUUUUGAAUAAUAAUUCAGAAACUCUCUUGGUUGCUCAAUAGAUAAGUUUUUAUUAGGUGCAGUGGAAAUUUUAAGUGGUACAUAUAAGAAGCGUCUUUCACUUCUUUUUUCACUAGUAGUUGAUCUACAACUAAGAAUCAUUGUAGUGGAUCGAUUUGAUUUUUAUCAUAUAACUUAGUCAAGCUACUCUCAGUUUCUAAUUAAUUUAUUUUUUCUUUUAAUCGAGCUUGCAUAUCUCCUGUUUGUUUUGUUUUUUAAUCAGUAUUAUGUUAAGGAGAAAAACAGGUAUGCGUUUUUUUUAUUUAUUUAUUUUAAUUGCUAUAAGUUAUUUAUUUUGUAAAUGUUACAAAAUGCUGGUGUGAUUAAUAAGAUAUUAUUUCUUUAGGCGAAAUAGUCUAACCAGAUUAUGAAGAUUUAUUCUGUAAGUUUUGAUGUAUUGACCUUCCUUCAGCUCUGUCAUCCAUUUUUCAAGAAUAUCUUUCAAAUCUGGA